ACACACACACACACACACACUGUUAACCCGGGUUAACCAAAGCCCAUAUCAACUGUAUGAUUCAUUUGGCCCUUCUCUGUUAAUCUCUGUUAAAACAUGUAACUAUUGUCACUAAUAUUAACCAUAAUCAUUUUAGUGUGACUGUUUCUCAAAUUGAGAAAUUCGUCUUAACUUCACAACAUUGCACUUCCCUCUCAGCUUGAUGGCUGCCACAUGUUCUUCAGAUGGUGUGCAUUUUUAAGAUUUUAAGCAAAUCUACCAAAUAAGGCCUUGUGUUCCGCUUCAUUUGCUUGUGAGUUUCAUUUACAAACAUGUUACCAAAGCGAGAAAAUUAGCAUUUCUCCUGACUGAAAAAAAAACACAAAAAGCAGCAGUGAGUUGAAUUGAAUUUGACCUGAAUCUUGCUACAGUUGUGUUUUAAAUAGAUACAUUUCAUCCAUCCAUCCAUUUUUCUGCUGCUUAUCUGGGUGGCUGGGUGGCAGCGACUGCAGCCUCAGCAAGGUGGUCCAGAUGUCCCCUGCUGCAUGAGGUAAUUGUGAAACAUUCUUUCCUCAUGUGUCGGGAUGUUCUCACAAAGUUGGAUUCUUGCAGUGUUUCUAUGCAUCCAGUAGAGGGGGGGAUUUUAUAUUGAAUGGACAAGUUUACUCGGUGUUCCCAGGAUCAAACACAGCUUUCCUAUAAUCAGAUUCAGAACGUCUUUUUAAUUUGUAACUUUUUAUCUUUUGGUUUUGUCUUUUUAUUGUCUUCCAAUUCAGACAUUUUCUAAGUGUCUCAUUUUAAUGGAUUUCUAUGUCUCUGUAAAGCACAGCAAUUGCAUUGUGACUGAAUGGUGCAAUAAAACUAAUAUUGCACCAUUCAUUGACAAUGAAAUAUAGAUAUUGCUUUUCAAUAUUAUACUUAUUUUGAAGUUCAUGUUUUAAUUUUUGGUGUCUAUUAUAAAAUGUUAACAUGUUUUAAUAUUCAAAAACACAUUCUUUUUCUCAUACGCAUACAGGCUUUAUUUUAGUGCUUGUCUCUUUAAGGCCCCCCUGCUGAAAAGCCCAGUCUGCUCUGAUUGGUCAGCAUUCAUAGGCCUGAGCAGGCAUCAUACACUGUGUUCUGCCGGUGUUUUUUUUUUUCUUUUUUUGCAGCCAGUAUCACGCUGGGGGUGUGGCUUAGGGCGGUGACUCUAUAGUUGUGACAUCACAACCUUACAGAAGUCCUGAGGGCUUGUUCAGUGGCACCGUUUCUGAAUACUGACAAUAACAUUUCUCAGUUGAUUGAGUAUUUUGAUCCUUUAACAGUGUGUUCAUAACACCUUAACUUGCUUUAUAUAACCUAACCUAAUCUAAAAUGUUUUAUAACGGGGGCCUUUCAGAAAUUGGUUACACUGUAGGGUAUAAUUAUCACCGUUAUGCAUAAAAGUACUUGCACCACAGCAUUUUUGGUUCCACUAAGUACUUUCUUUCACAGAAAUGCUGCAAAUUCCUCAGUUUCUUCCAAAAAAAAAAAAAAAAAAAUCCUGUGCUCCCCUCUUUUCUCCCUCUUUUCUCUUACAACCCGUCCUCCAUCUCUCCUCCCCUUUUCCUCCGUCCCCCGGCUCUCCACCUCCUCUGCUCUCUUCCCUCUACCCUUCCUUUCACAUCCCAGAAUGGAGGAGAGGAGAGAGGAGCCGCUGGCUUUCUCUGUCAGGGUCUUCACUCUGCAGGAGGACGGGAGGGCUGAGGAGGAGCACAUGGAGACACACGAGGAGGAGGCGCAGGUCCAGGGGGAGGUGAGCAGAGAGCAGCAGGUCAGUGUGUGCAGAAAGAGAGCAGAGCAGGAGCUCACUCUGCUCAUCACCACAGGACAGGAGGCUCGGCAGCUCACUGUGCAAGAUGCCAACAGAGCAUCAGUCUUCCAAUUUACUGUUUCCAAGGAGAUGGACUGCUGCCAGGUCGGAGGACAGUCCUUCCUGGUCACCGUCGGCAAGCUGAGUCUUCUUCUGCAGUUCAGAACUCCAGCUGAUAUGAAAAACUUCCAGCAGUUACUGAAGCAAGGCGACGAUGAGGAGACAAGCAGAGGCUGCACAGAGAGAGGUGAGGGAGGACACAAGGAUGCAGAGACGCCUUCUAGGAGACAUCCUACUCCGUUUGGAACCAGGGCCGCAAAUGCCCCUACGCAGGACUACCAGUUCCACAGCUGUCUGUCCCAGCAGCACAACCUGCUUCAGGACUACCCGAGGAUCUCCACCUACCAGAGAGCCAUUUUAGCCAAUGAGACUGACUUCAGAGACAAGGUGGUUCUGGAUGUUUGUUGUCUUUCUAGUAUUCUGUCUUUCUUCGCGGUCCAGGCUGGAGCCACCAGAGUGUACGCUGUUGAGUCCAGUCCUCUGGCAAAGUUCACACAGAUCCUUGUCCAGAGCAACUGUCUGUCUGAGCAGAUCAGGGUCCUAGAGGGGGAGGUGGAGGAGGUCAGCGCGCCUGAGAUGGUGGAUGUCAUUGUCUCUGAGCCGAUGGGGUACAUGCUGCUCAAUGACAGGCUCAUGGAAAGAUUCUUGCAAGCCCGGAAAUGGCUCAAGCCCAAUGGUCUGAUGUUUCCCUCCCGUGGUGAUAUUCAUCUGGCCCCCUUCAGUGACGAGCAGCUCUACUUCGAACACUACGCACGAGCUAGUUUCUGGCAGCAGAGAAGCUUCUACGGUGUUAACCUGAGCGCCCUUCACGGUGCUGCAGUGGAUGAGUUUUUCAAGCAGCCUAUAGUGGACACCUUCGAUGUGCAGAUCCUGAUGGCCAGGUCUGUCAAGCACUGCAUCAACUUCAAGGAGGUGAAAGAAGAAGAUCUACACAGAAUAGAGAUUCCCUUUGUGUUCACGCUGCUGCAGUCCGGUCUGGUUCACGGCCUCGCCUUCUGGUUCGACGUGGCUUACGUAGGAUCCAAGUCCACUGUGUGGCUCUCCACAGCUCCCACUGAGCCUCUGACCCGCUGGUAUCAGGUCAGAUGUUUGCUUCAGACGCCGCUGUUCGCCAAACAGGGACAAACUCUCUCCGGGACCGUCCUGCUUGUCUAUAACAACAGGCAGAGCUAUGACAUCCACAUCACAGCCACGGUCGACCAAUCGGGCUUUAGAUCUGGAAACGUCCUGGACCUCAAGAACCCUUACUUCAGGACAUCGUCUUGGUUCCACAGCUAGAGGCCUCCAGACUGUUGGUGACCUGGAGGUCCAGGGUGGACGGCCUGUCUGCUCCUGGAUGCAGGGUGAGGAGAACAGAGGCAUCUCAUCAGGAAUCAUCAGAUGUCACACCUCCACACACCAGAGCUGAUCGAUGUCCCUUUUGUUCUUACACUUUUCAUCAACAGCCAUUGUUGCUGAAUGUGAAGCCAGAAUGUAAGACAGAUCAUGUAUCUGUGUUUAUUGUAUCUUAGGAUACACAGAGACCACAGUGUGAUUAAAAAGAAGUAUUUCAUUGGUUGUGAUAAAAUUUUCCACUCACUACUUUUAUUAAUAGGAUUAAUUUUAGUGAUUGCACUCUGUAGCCCAAGUCAGAGAACUAGAUUCAUUGUAACUUGGACUCGAGUCAACGCAAGUUGCUAUUUUUGAUGACUUGCAACCGAGCUUGACAGAAAAUAAAUGAACUAAGACUCGACUCAUGACGACUCAUGUGACUUGUCUGUGUUGUCUCAUUCUUCAGUUUCAGUUGUUCUUAGUCCAUCAUGUCAUUUUUUAAUUUUUUUUUUGUUUGAUCAGAUUUCUUUUACUGAAUGUCAGUUAUUAUAUAUCAUAUUAUAUAUUAUUCUUCUUCCGUACAAAUGGAUUUUGGCUUUUCUAUCUAUCAUUCUUUUGGAAAUAUUCUGCUUUUUCUGUAAAAUCUUGCCUGUUCAUU